AUGAAUUUCUUAACUAAAAGAAGUGCCAAUAUUUUUAGAAAUUUCGCCCAUCAGAAAUCUCUAUUCUCAGCUAUUCCAAACUACAAGUUUGGUGGCUUUUAAAUGACUCCUGAACAAAAGAAAUAAGAACUUGAAAAAAAGGAAUAAAUACUUAAAAAUGGUUAGUGGACUAUGCCUCAUCCAGUAUGGACUGAAUAAGAAGUAAAGGAUGUUGCUAUAACUCACUUGGAACCUGCUAAUUUUGGAGAUCGUUUUGCAAACUUUUUCAUCUAGUCUUUAAGAUAUGGAUUUGAUAUUAUGAGUGGUUACAAAAAGGUAUUCCCUUGGUAAGAGAAGGGUGCUCCUUUGACUGAAAGAGAAUGGAUUAACAGAAUUCUUUUCUUAGAAACUGUAGCUGGUGUUCCUGGAUUCGUUGCUGCCAUGCACAGACACUUACGUUCAUUGAGAUCUAUGAAACGUGAUUAUGGUUGGAUUCAUACUCUUUUAGAAGAGGCUGAAAAUGAGAGAAUGCAUUUGCUAACAUUCUUAGAAGUAUAAAAACCUACUUUUCUAUUUAGAACUGGUGUUAUUCUAGCCUAAUACGGAUAUGUUGCCUUAUUUUCGGUUCUUUACUUCUUCUACCCUAGAGUGUGCCAUAGAAUUGUUGGGUAUCUAGAAGAAGAGGCAGUAAAGACCUACACUCAUAGUAUUGAAACUGCUUUAAAAGAGGGAUCUGAAAUACAUAUUUGGUUAACCAAACCAGCACCAAAAAUAUCAAUAGAUUAUUGGAAGUUAUCACCAAAUGCAUGCCUCCUUGAUGUAAUUUAUGCAGUAAGAAAAGAUGAAGAGCAUCACAGAGAUGUAAACCACAAGUUAGCAGAUGACUACUCACAAAAGAAGCCCAAUCCUUUCCCUCCUGGUCAUUGA